GGCGGAGCUUGCGCCAAUAGCCAUAGCGGGAGCCUGGCCGCGGCCCCGUAAAUCUAAGACUCGGCGGCCCGGAGCUGGUCGCGCACUCCUCACCUUCAGGGUUCGCGUUCGGCUUGCGCAGAACUGAAGAACUCGUGACGGAGCUUUGAGGAGGAAAAAAUCUGUUCCGGGUGAACCCAGGCCGUCCCGGAAAUGCAUUGGCCUUGGAGCGGGCGCCGGAGACCAGACUGAGGUUGAGUUUCACACCAAUCUAGAUUCUUCUUGAUGUAAAGGAGUCUGGAUGUCAACAGUGAAAAUGGCAUACUCCAGAUUAACACUCUGUCAGCCAAAGGCAUGACAGUUCAGGAACACAUGGACUUGAUGCACACAGAAAUGUGUGCACAGAAAAAGAGAAUCUCUAAUUCUUCAAAAGAAAGAAGGCACCCAAAAUGGGCACAUUCUGCUCAGUAAUCAGGUUUGAAAAUCUUCAAGAAUUAAAGAGACUGUGUCACUGGGGCCCCAUUAUAGCCCUUGGUGUGAUAGCAAUAUGUUCUACUAUGGCCAUGAUUGACUCUGUCCUGUGGUAUUGGCCUUUACAUACAACUGGAGGAAGUGUGAAUUUUAUCAUGUUGAUAAACUGGACUGUCAUGAUUCUUUACCAUUACUUCAGUGCCAUGUUUGCUGGUCCUGGCUUUGUCCCUCGGGGGUGGAAACCGGAGAAUCCUCAGGAUAGCAUGUACCUCCAGUACUGUAAAGUCUGCCAAGCAUACAAAGCACCACGCUCACACCAUUGCAGGAAGUGUAACAGAUGUAUCAUGAAGAUGGACCACCACUGUCCCUGGAUCAACAACUGCUGUGGUCACCAGAACCAUGCUUCGUUCACACUGUUCCUCCUGCUGGCGCCUCUGGGCUGCAUCCAUGCUGCUUUCAUUUUUGUGAUGACUAUGUAUACACAGCUUUAUAAUCGGCUCUCGUUUGGGUGGAACACAGUCAAGAUUGACAUGAGUGCGGCCCGGAGAGAUCCUCUUCCAAUUGUUCCCUUCGGGUUGGCUGCAUUUGCUGCCACCUUGUUUGCCUUGGGAUUAGCAUUGGGGACAACCAUAGCUGUUGGGAUGCUGUUUUUCAUACAGAUAAAAAUUAUUCUCAGAAACAAAACUUCUAUUGAAUCAUGGAUUGAAGAGAAGGCUAAAGAUCGAAUUCAGUAUUAUCAACUGGAUGAAGUCUUUGUUUUUCCUUAUGAUAUGGGAAGUAAAUGGACGAAUUUUAAGCAGGUAUUUACAUGGUCAGGAGUCCCUGAAGGAGAUGGACUGGAGUGGCGAGUAAGAGAAGGCUGUGACCAGUAUAGCCUAACAAGAGAACAGCUGAAACAAAAGGCAGACAAAAGAGUCAGAAGUGUUCGCUAUAAAGUCAUAGAAGAUUAUAAUGGUGCCUGUUGUCCUUUGAACAGAGGAAUUAAAACCUUUUUCACAAGCCCCUGCACAGAGGAGCCUCGGAUACAGCUGCAGAAAGGGGAGCUCAUUUUAGCAACAAGAGGGUUGCGGUACUGGUUGUACGGAGACAAAAUUCUCGAUGAUUCCUUCAUAGAAGGUACUUCGAGGAUAAGAGGGUGGUUCCCUAGGAAUUGUGUGGAGAAGUGUCCCUGUGAUGGCGAAUCAGACCCAGCGCCAGAGGGUGAGAAGAAGAACAGAUAGCCACCGCGAAAGUGCUAUCAUUACGUCUUCAUUACUUGAAAAUCACACAUAUUACCAAGAAUUAUGCAGCGAGUCUACUCUGCUUAAGGUAUUCUUUUCCUCAAAGAUGCUCUAGUGCCAUGAUUUAAAUAUUUUUAUUACCAUUUUGAAACAGAAGCCAUUCUGCAUAUGCCUUCGAGUUCCUGCCGUCUUGCCACUUCUCCCUACCAAAGGAAAGUCGUUCAAGCCAAGUGAGCAAACCGCACUUUCUGUAGGAUUUCUUUGUGCUGCACCCGACUUUACCUGCAGAUCUAGUUCCCCUUAGCCAGGAGCAUCUGCAUGUGGUUAUUCUGUUUCUUCCUUGGUGACAUUUCUUUCAUAAUCUAGAGACUAUAAAACUUCAAUAUGAACUCAAAUUUUGUUACUUUUAAUAAUGCAGAUUUUGUCAAAUCCAAUAAAAGUCAAUGGGUGUUCUGUAAAAAUUAUA